AUGUCCUUGCUCUCCCUCCCAAACGAACUCCUCCUCCUCAUCGCUUCCCACCUCCCCUUCCCGCGCGACCUCUACGCGCUAACCCUCCCAAACAAACGGCUGCACACCCUCCUAGACCCCUACCUCUACAAACGCGACGUCGUCAAAAACCACAGCUCCGUCCUUCUCUGGGCCUCGCGACACGGCCACACAAUCCCCGCGAAAAAAUCCCUCGCCGCAGGCGGCGACCCCAACACCCUGGCAGAUGUCGACGAGGGCCCCUUGCACUGCGCGUGUAAUAAGGGAUACGCAGAGAUUGUAGACCUCCUACUGGCAGCGCCAGAGGUUGAGCCGGAUCUUGUGAGUGCGCAUGGGCAGACGCCGCUGUGCAUUGCUGCGAUGCGAGGGAAUGUUGCCCUUGCGCGCAAACUGCUAGGUACCGGGAAAGUCGAGGUGAAUAAGCCCGCGUUCGGCAAUUUCGCGCCCCUGGGUGUUGCGGCUGCGUAUGGGCAGGCGGCCAUGGUACAAUAUCUGCUCUCCGUUCCCGGGAUUGAACCCGACUUGCGGAACGCGGGGGGGUACAGCGCGCUGACUGUCGCGGUGAACCAUUGGCACGCUGCCGCUGUGGAGCUCCUUGCUGGGGUGGAUGGCGUCGAUUUGGAGUUCCCUGAUCAAAUGGGGCGGUCGCCGCUGUCUGUGGCGGCGAGUAUGGGGGCCGUGGAUGUUGUGAGGGUGUUGUUGGCGUCGGGGAGGGUGGAUGUGAAUUCGCCGGAUGCGGCGGGGGAGACGCCGUUGGGGUGGGCGGCGAUUUAUAGGAAGCAUGAGGUGGUAAAGGUUUUGCUUACGGUGGACGGGGUUGAUCGGUCCAAGUUGACCGAGAGGCAUCUUGUGGCCCUCGGGUGGGAGAGUAUUCCAUGCGGAGCUCAGUUCGAGUAAGACUGCGAGAAACUGCUUCUUAUGAUACAGACAGCGGUCAAGACAUACGGUUGAUAGAGAGAGAUGAUGCAGCAUGGAAGCUGUUUUCCUAAAGAAAGACCAGCCUCGAAUUAGACCCCAGUACGCAGGGAAGAUUAAGUACAGAGAGACAGCCAAGAAUCGAACAAUUACCCCCAAAAUAUACACCACCUUCCAACAUCUUCAUCCUCAUCCAUCCAUCACUCAUACCAUGCUAGAUAGUCUGUACAAGACAAAACGAUCUAGUAGUAAAGCGGGUUCUCAGGAUCAGUGAGAUCAAAGACAACACUCGAGUGCGGCUUGGCCCCACCCCUGUUGGCAAACUCGCGAGAGAAGUCAAUCGACCGGUUGAAGCUGAGGGACC